UCUGGCGCUGUCAGUUAUUUGUGUCCCGAAAGAACGGUGAACGAAAUAAACCAACAAAAUUUACUUUUAAUUAUGUCAGUGCCGGAUCUAACAACAAAUUCAGUGGAGGAGAAAAGUUCAGCUUCAGUUUUCUUGUGGAAGGCUGCUAUCAGUACAAUUGACUUCCAUCCUGCUAUAACAGCAAACCUCUUGUUAAGAUGCAAACGAGCUCUAAAUGACACAAAAGUUGGUAUAAAAUUUAGAAAAAUAAGCAAAUCCAACAUUUGUCAAAGUUGUGGUAACCCGUGGAGUUUAGGCAACUAUAAGUUAGAAAUCAGAAAGACCUUCAAAGCAGAAAAAAUCAAACAAAUUACAAAAAAAUCAAAAAGCCAGAAAAAGAUGAACAGUUUCAACAAACACAUUCUUGACCGUUUUUUAGAACGCAAGUCAAAUUUGAUUAUUAGAUGUAAUUGCUGCUUCAAGCCGACAGCUUUCCCAACACCUCUUGCUCCAAGAGAACCAAAACCAGUCAAAGAGACUACAUCUCAAAUAGCACAUGUGAAAAACAAAAAUUGUAAAAAAGAUAAGCCUCCUGUACAACAUGUUAACCCUGGCAAAAAACAUGACAAACAGCAAGUUAGUAAAAACGCUGUUAAAGCCUGUAAAGUCACGAAAGCCUCAACAAAACAGCAAUUUUCGCGGAGCCAAUUAAAGAACCUAUCAAAAACGCUCACCAAAGGUUCUUCUACAAAAAGCUCUUUGCAAAGUUUUCUCAGUUCUGUAAAGUAGAACCAAUAAAAAAAUCAAUCACUAGCGCUUGUUUAGUGUUUUAUUUACCCCAUAAUCGUAUUGAUGAAACUGU